AUGCCACAAACACUGCUUUUCCAAACUGCCAAGAAAAUGAAGCAUGCUAAUCCUUCAUUCAAUCCUAUCCCCGCAUCUGUCGAGGACAAACGUCCUUUAGGCAAGUGGAGUGGUACUUCAUACCUGUUCGAAAGAGAUUUUCCUAAACGUGAACAAUGGCAACCGGAUUGCAAUCUCGGUUUACUGGUAUCUGAUGACUAUAUUGUCGUGGAUGUUGACGCAAAGCCACCCGCGCAACGAUCCAAAAGUAAAAUCUAUAGUGAAGCCCUCGGAACAGUCGACUUUGCAGAACUGGUUGAGCAAAACGAACCUUUGCCCACUACACUCUCACUCACCACACCCAGUGGAGGAAAACACUUUUACUUUUCUUUGAGUGGUAAGGAUGGCGAAAGUAUCUUGAAAAAUUGGACAGCAUGCAUGACGCGGGAAGACGGCUCUGUUAUCGCAGUCGACAUUCAGACAAAAGGCGGUUACGUAAUGGUUCCACCCAGCAAGAAGGGAUGUCAACGCUAUGAAUGGGACACAAAGGAUGGUUUCAAGGUGCCGAUGGCUCCUUUGCCAAACUGGAUUCUUAAGAACAUUCUUGAUGCACAUGGCAAACAUCCUCAACAUUUUGAGGCUCAGGAGUUUACAGAAUCGCCGCACUUAAACAAUGAAGUCAGCAAUGAAGACAUUGAAAUGUUCAAAAAAAGCGAGUUCUGGAAAGACUGUUUCUCCAUCUCUUCAAGACCAGAUCACAACAAUCUGUACAUUAUCACAGCAAGUGUGCCCUAUGAUUGCUCAAUUUGCAACAGACGGCAUGUUAACAAUACCAAUCAUCCUUUCCUUGUCCGAAAUGGGUCUACGCUUCGAUUUGUCUGUAGACCAGGGAAAGGGUUCUCAAGAUGCAUCUCAAAAAACUAUGAGCAGAUGUAUCGCGACUUUCAUCCACUUACAAAAGAACUAGUCGAGGGAAUGGAUGUCACCAACCAUGCUGUUUCUGAGACCCUUCAUAAAGAACUCAAGGAUCGAGUCUUUCCUACAGAAAAACAUAACAAAUGGCUCAUGUAUGAUCAGAGUAUCGGGAUCUGGCGUGAAGAAGACAAGAAUGUCAUUAUGCGUCCGAUCCUUGAUGACUAUGUUCAUUGUUUAAAGGAACUUGCUCUAAUUUGUAAUAAACUAAGCCAAGAUGAAGAGGACGUAUGGAGUGAACGCCAGGGGAUCUGUAAUUCUUUAGUCUAUUCCAUGUCUAUGGUCAAGAAAAAGAAUGAUCACUUGGCCUCAUUCUUUGAACUCAUUAGGGAUACACGAAAGGACGAACUGUUUAAUCAAAAGAAACACUUGCUACACUGUGUAAAUGGAGUCUACGAUCUCAAAAAGGGAAAGUUUCGCAAGGCAAAGCCAAGUGACUAUUCAAAAAUGUCUACGAAGAUCACCUACCUCGACUAUGAUGAACAUCCUCAGGAGAAAAAAGCACUUGUUGAAAAGUUUUUAAAUGACUUCACACUGGAUAAUGAAGAACGUAAAAAGUUCCUGUUGAAAGCACUGUCCUCGGCUCUAAGCGGCGAUAAUGAAGAUCAGCAGUUUUAUUUCUUUGAUGGGAGUGGCAAUAAUGCUAAAUCGACACUCAUUAAAUUAAUGAAGAAGGUACUAGGAGAUUACGGCGCUACGCUACCGACAGCACAAGUAUCAAAACCUAACCUCAAUGCUCAGGCUGCUUCUCCAUCCUUGAUGGCGUUGUUGUUCAAACGUGGUGGCUUUUUAACCGAACUGGAGGAAAAAACACUAUACACUGAGUUUUUAAAGAUGACGGCUGGAGGUGAUUCGACAAGCGGUCGACAGUUGCACAACGAACAAAGAGAAAUUGAUCUGUGGGUCAAGAUAUUCAUUGCUGUGAAUGAUCUACUGCAGAUCCUCAAUAAGACUAAUGGCUUUUGGCAAAAGGUCGUAGUUAUCCCAUGUAAUGCUCGUUUUGUUCACAAUCCAGACCCUGAGAAGCCUGAAGAAAGACCACUCGUUGAUGGGUUCACUAAGCAGAUACUUGAUUGCGCCGAUACUUUUCUUGCACUCCUGGUCAAGACUUACAUCACUGAUUACAAAACCGCGGGCAUGAAGAAAAAUGUUCAUCUGGAUGAUAUAUUGGAACGGGUUGAAAAAUACAGAGUAUCUCAGAACAUCCCAUUGCAGUUUAUUAGCAAUAUGAUCGAGCCUGCAGACGAUACAAAUGCUGUACUCAUGAAGACAUUAGAUAUGUCUUUCACCGAAUUUUGCAAAGAUAAGGCCUUUACAAAGACACCACAACUUGUUAGACAGGUGUAUGAACUCAUGGAUUCAAUGUUCCCACCAUCAAACUCGAAACGACAGAUAUGGAUCGAGAAGAAAAAUCUCAGAGGCUGGAAAGGUGCUAUGUUGAAAAAGGAUGAAGAAAGUGAGGAAGAAAGUGAGGAAGAGAAAGAAGAGAUAGCCAUAUCAUAUGAAGAGGUCGAAAAAGAUUUCCUACGUUCUCGGUGGGCUGGGGCGUGA